AUGACAACAGAGGAGACUCGACCUUUACUGCGGGAUGCUGAGAGCGCCGAGGACGGCUCGCAGAAAGCCGCCCAUGGAAACGACAUUGUCGACUUCGAUCAAAAUGGCGAUACGGAAAACCCCCGCGACUGGCCCAAGGCCUACAAAUGGAGCAUCGUUGCUCUGCUGGCCUUUAUGGCCUUCACAGUGACAUUCACAUGCAUCUCGGUUGUGCCAGUGGCCAACCAUAUCAUUUACGAUCUUGACGGCACAACGAGUAAAUCAGCUAGUGUUCUGCUCGUGACAAUCUGGGAACUUGGCGAAGCAUUCGGACCACUUGUGCUUGCUCCGCUAUCUGAGUCUAUCGGGAGGUACCCUGUGUUCAACGUUGCCAAUGUGCUGUUCAUCUCGGCCACUGUGUUAGCCGUGCUGUGCCGAAGCACACCGCUGUUUAUCGCUGCCAGAGCUCUCACAGGGUUGGCGGUUGCUUCGAAUGUGCUCAAUCCAGCCAUUGUGGGGGACAUGUUCAUCGAAGAGGAACGAGGGUCGGCGAUGAGCGCCAUCAUGUUGGCGCCAUUGCUUGGAGGCGCCAUCGGGCCUGCGAUCGCUGGUGCGAUCGCCGAGAGCCUAGGAUGGCGGCAAGUGUUGUGGAUGUCUAUUAUCUUGGCAACCGCCUGCGAGGUUGUCUUCUUCACUUGCUUUCGAGAGACCUUCAAGGUGGCGAUCCUCAACCGGAGAGUCGCUAGGUUGACGAAGGAGACGGGCAACACUGCCUUGCGGACUGCAUUCGCCGCCAACAACCCCGAAGCCGAAGACAAGGGCUCAAGAAAGCUUCUGGACGCAGUGUUGCGUCCCUUUGUCGUGUUCUUCGACUCUGGAGUGUUGCAGGCCAUGUCAUUGUUUGGCUCUUUGGAGUUUGCCUAUUUCUAUGUCAUGUCGACCACGUUACCGGAUAUCCUGGAAGGAAUUUACGGGCUGUCCCCGGCACGUACUGGUUCUGCAUUCAUCGCCUUUAGUGUUGGUUCCGUCAUUGCUGUCAUAGCCCUCAACAACCUGCUCGACAAGAUCUACAUUCGUCUGCGCGAUACCCACAGCUCGAGUAACGGCAACGGACAGCCCGAGUACCGCCUUCCCCUCGCCAUAGUUGGCGCCUUUACUGCACCCCUCGUCGUCGCCCUGUACGGUUGGGCCGCCCAGCUCCGGCUGCCGCUCCCUGUUCUCCUCAUCAAUCUCGGCCUGCUCGGGUCUACCAUGAUGCUCGCGUUUCUUCCGCUGAUGGCUUAUGUCGUCGACGCCUUCAAGCUGUAUUCGGCAAGUGCCAUGACCGCGUUGAUAGUGACAAGAUGUCUCAUGGGGACGUUCCUGCCGCUUGGUGUCGACCCGUUGGUCAAGGAGUUUGGUUAUGGUUGGGGUUUCACUGCCCUGUGUGGACUGAGUCUAUGUACGGCGCCCAUUCCAAUUUUGAUUUAUCGCCAUGGCGCCCGAUGGAGGGAACGGAGUCGUUACUCGGGAGAGGAAUUGUGA